AUGAAGUCCGCUCUCACCCUCUCUAUGGCGGCUGUCGCCAGCGCUGCCUCCUUCAGCGUGGGCACCGUCCACGACAAGGCCGCUCCCAUCCUCAGCUCCAUCGAUGCCGAGACCAUCCCAGACUCGUACAUCAUCAAGUUCAAGGACCAUGUUGAUCAUGCCGCUGCCAGCGACCAUCACAUGUGGGUUCAGGACACACACAAGCAGGGCGAGACUGAGCGCCUCGAGCUGCGAAAGCGCUCCAUUCCUUUCACAGACAAGACCUUCUCUGGCUUGAAGCACACCUUUGACAUCGGUGAUGCCUUCAAGGGCUAUGCCGGCCACUUUGACGAGUCCAUGAUCGAGAAGGUCCGAAACCACCCUGACGUCGAGUUCAUUGAGCGGGACACUCUUGUCCACACCAUGGUCCCUGUUUCCCAGAACAUGAUCACUGAGGACAAGUGCGACGGCGAGACCGAGCGACAGGCUCCUUGGGGUCUUGCCCGUAUCUCCCACCGCAACACCCUCAACUUCGGUACCUUCAACAAGUACCUCUACUCUUCCGAUGGUGGCGAGGGUGUCGAUGCCUACAUUGUUGACACUGGUACCAACGUUGACCACGUUGACUUCGAGGGUCGUGCCCACUGGGGUAAGACCAUUCCCUCUGGCGAUGCUGAUGAGGAUGGCAACGGUCACGGUACUCACUGCUCCGGUACUGUCGCCGGUAAGAAGUACGGUGUUGCCAAGAAGGCCAACGUCUAUGCCGUCAAGGUCCUCCGAUCUAACGGCUCUGGAUCCAUGUCCGACGUUGUCAAGGGUGUCGAGUUCGCUGCCACCAGCCAUCUCGAGCAGAAGAAGAAGGCCAAGGACGGCAAGCGCAAGGGCUUCAAGGGCUCUGUCGCCAACAUGUCUCUUGGUGGUGGUAAGACCCAGGCUCUCGAUGCCGCCGUCAACGCCGCUGUCCGCACUGGUAUUCACUUUGCUGUCGCCGCUGGCAACGACAACGCUGAUGCCUGCAACUACUCCCCCGCUGCCGCCUCUGAGCCCGUCACCGUCGGUGCCUCUGCUCUCGAUGACAGCCGUGCCUACUUCUCCAACUACGGAAAGUGCACUGACAUCUUCGCCCCCGGUCUGAACAUUAUGUCCACCUGGAUCGGCUCCAAGUAUGCCGUCAACACCAUCUCUGGUACCUCCAUGGCCUCUCCCCACAUUGCUGGUCUCCUCGCCUACUACCUCUCUCUUCAGCCCGCUGAGGACUCCGAGUACGCCCUUGCUUCCAUCACCCCCAAGAAGCUCAAGGAGAACCUCAUCUCCGUCGCCACUGAGGAUGCUCUCUCCGACAUUCCCUCCGACACCCCCAACCUGCUCGCCUGGAACGGCGGUGGCUGCAGCGACUACAAGAAGAUUGUCGAGGCUGGUAGCUAUAAGGUCAAGGCUGCUCCCUCUUCUCGCGUCGAGGAGAUCAAGCACGCUGUCGAGCAGGAGGUCAACCUCGUCUCUGGCAAGCUGACCACUGGUGCCAAGGAGCUUGGCUCCAAGGCCGAGAAGUUCUCCAAGAAGAUCCACGAGCUCGUCGAUGAGGAGCUUGAGCAGUUCCUUAAGGAGCUCAACCUGUAA